GCUCUGCAGAGGCACACAGCCAAACAUCUCUGAUUGAUGGAAAGACAAGCGUGACCGUUGGACGCAAGAAAGCUCCCUUGACAAACUUCCAGAGAACAGAAUUCUCUAUGUCUGAUCUGGGGUCGUCAGGGUUCCAUUUUAAUCCUGUGGUCGCCGCUUCAUCCGCAGAGUAAAUCCUACGAUGGCCCAGAUUGGAGUUGCAACCUCUACGAUGAUGAUUAAACCCUAUGCGAGACAAGAAGAAGAAGCGGAGGACGUUAGCCCUGUGCAGUGGAUGGAGGGUGACAUGAGCUCACCCGAUGGUGAUGUACCUUUGACCUCGCACCGCUGUCGAGCACGCGCCGUGAACCAUCAGCCCAGGGAGGAGGGCAGCGAGGACGUGGAACAAGACGAGGAGGAGGAAGAGGGAGUCCAGGAGGGCGAAAAUGAAUCCAGUCAAUGCGGCCCCAAGAGGAAGCGAGCCACCAAGGCCAGGCAGGAACGCUUUCGUGCCCGGCGUGUGAAGGCCAACGCCAGGGAGCGCUCGCGCAUGCACGGCCUAAACGACGCUCUGGAGAACCUGCGCAGCAUCAUGCCCUGUCACUCUAAAACCCAAAAACUGUCCAAAAUCGAAACCCUGCGUCUUGCUCGUAACUACAUCUGCGCUCUCUCCGCCGCCCUAGAAGGAGGUCUUUCCAUGGAGAGCAGGGCCUUUAUGGAGACCCUGUGCAAAGGCCUUUCGCAACCCACCACCAACCUAGUGGCAGGGUGUCUGCAGCUAGGCCCCGCGCCACCGACAGAUAGAGUUCGCCCACCGCCUGUCCCUCUGGGCGGCAUGGCGAGCUACACCUCCCCGGGCCUGCCAAGUCCACCCUACGGCAGCUUUGACUCUGCUCACCUGCUUCACCUGAGGGCCAUGAAGGGUGGAGCGUAUGAGAGCCACUCGCCAAAUGAGUACAACGCUGGCGGUGUGGGGACGCCCCCCUACGAGGGUCCUCCUACUCCACCCCUGAGCAUCAGCAGCAACCUGGUCAGCAAACAGGAGACGUCACCUCACUACUUAGCCCCGUCGCAUUACUCCCCGUCCCCCGGGGACCAUGGCCUGUACCCGCCUCAGUCUGGGUAUGGCGUACAGGCGUCAUAUGACUCCUACCAUCCACCUCACAUGACCCCCCGACAAAUAACCCCUGUCUACAGAGACUAGCAGAAACAUUCUGCAAUCAGUAGACUGAAUAAAAUGACUUGAUCAGGUGUGUGGUGCACAUAGACUAGCUGUAUAAAUUUAGAAAAUACUUGACAUACAGUACAGUACGUUUCUAUAGUUCUUUCCAAACUGACCAAAUGGAUCCUAAUGGGAAUUCUCAUGACGGAUCAUCUGCAAUGUCCUAUUAAUUAAACAAGCACUUCUAUUUUAGCUCUUCCUUGGCAUCAACAAAUAUUCUACAUAAAUUAAAUGUAUUUUUAUUUAUUGUCUAAUUUAAUACACACAAUGUUCAAUCUGAUGUAUAUGUGUUUUUAUGGUUUGUUUUGUAUUUGUGGUCUCAUUCUUUGCCAUUUUGUCUUUUGUGCGUAGUUUUCUUUGUUGUGUGUUACCUCGUUUUUAAAGAUUGGAAGUGGAAACAUUGUUUUGUAGCAAUGCUUAGUAGAUCUUUGGAGGAAAACAAAGACAAAACAAAGACUAUGAUGAAGAAAAU